CGGAAGUGGAUGGACAAAGACGGCCAGUGAAUUGUACGUUCGACCUGAGUCACAAAUAUCGUGAUCAGAGCAGUUGGGCAGUGGUUGUGGCGCACGGCAGAUGGACGGGCCGAGCGAGGUGCUGGGUGUGGUCCGGAAAGCAGAUGUGAGUGAAGGGGUGGUUCAGUCUGAGGACCAGGAGUGGCACUCCAACCCAGACCGGAAGGAAGCAGAAUCUUCCCUCUCUGCAGGAAAAGACGCCACCAAAUUUCCCUUUGCUGUAAAUGUGAAGACAGAGUAUGAUGAAGAUGAAGUUAUGUUCUCUCAGCCUCUCCACCUGGAGCCUCCAACCAGCAGCUCAACUCAAAACAUGAAAAUGGAAGGUGAUGGUGACGAGUGCGAAGGACCAGAUGCAGGCACCUCCUUAGGCCCAGGUCUGUGCGUUGACCAGCAGAGGUCUCCUUCAGUGGAAUAUCAUAUUGAUGACAAUGGCAACUGGUGGGAUGCCAGUGAGUCACAGUCCCAUUCAUCCUCUGUUCAUACGGAGACAGAAGAUUCUGAAGGCAAAUCACUAAUCUGCUGUGACUGUGGGAGAAGAUGUUCCUCCAAGGCUGGACUCACUCUGCACAAGUCUACCUGCACUGGGGAAUCGUUAUCCUGUUUGUUUUGUGGGAAAUGGUUCACUCAAAGAGGGAAUCUUGAGAUUCACACUAGAAUUCACACUGGAGAGAAACCAUUCAGCUGCCCAGACUGUGGUCAGUGUUUCAACCGCAGUGAUCAUCUGAAGGAUCACAUGAGAAUUCACACGGGAGAAAAACCAUUCAGCUGCUCAGAAUGCGGCCAGAGCUUUCAUCAGAGUGGAAACCUGAAGGCUCACAUGAGGAUACACACAGGAGAAAAACCCUUUGGCUGUUCAGAAUGCGGAAAAGCCUUUAACCGGAGACAGCAUCUCACAGCGCACACAAGGAUUCAUACGGGAGAGAAACCGUUUUGCUGCUCGGAGUGCGGUAAAUGUUUUACAGAGAGUGGAGAUCUGAAGAAGCACGUGCGACGGCGCCAUUGAGUCAAGCAUGCCAAAUUUGUGGCCGAGAAAUUGUAAUGCUUCACACUUACAACAGUUAUCUUGUCUACGGUAGUUUGAACCUGAACUGUUGACUCAGAAGUUCAGUCUUCACACUCAGCAGAACGCUAAACAAUGGACUGAGUGUAAAAAUCAUGUUUCUCUUCCAGCCGUUUUGUUGUAUUCAUGAAUUUAUGAGUCUUGUUUCUUCUGAAUUUCGUAUGUUCAAAAACUCGUCUGUCAUUUGUAACAUUUAAUUAAAUCAGAUGGAAUUACAUGCUUUGCCGUGAAGGGUGUUGUUCGGUGUCCAACCCUUGUAAUUGCUGAUAUGUCGAGGAACAGUUAUUCCUUAAUGCCUGUCGCCUGAUGAUACAAACAUUAUCA